CUCCGCAACAGCGAUUGUCUCUCGUCUCUUCUGGCUGCCUCGAGGCCACGACAGAACCCACCUCCGACCAGCUGCGCUUUGUUCUAGUGCCGCGCAAUUCGGUCGCUGAAGAAAUAGCACAGUCCAACCAACGCUGAUCCGGUCCCUGAACGAACCUUCGCCGUCAUCGUCAAGCCGCUUCUGCUCUCCUGGCUCUCCUGGCUCCCUUGGAUCACCUGGGCUGAAGCCACAGUCGCUCAUCGUCAACCCCGAGUUACUUUUGCGCUGCGCCUGGAUCCGUCGCCAGCAUGAGGGCUCUUCUCGGGCUUCUCGCCCUGGGCAUGUCGCUCUGGACCGCCCAGGCCCUUGAGGUUCCCAUGAACCAAAAAGAGGAUUCUCGCCAGUACUGCACAGGAAUGUACAGUCGCACGUCUUGGGGCGGGCCGGUUGAUCCGUUUAUUCUCGUCAAGUUUCUAAAUAAUACCGCUCCUCAAGGGGAUGAUCCUAUUGCGAGUCUGGUUAUUUUCGAAUGGAGAGAUGCCGAUUUUAUUGGAAUCCCGGAUCCAGACAUCCAGGCUACACGACUUGCACUUUGCGACGAUAGCAUGAUUAAAAACGGCGUUUGCAACUCGACCGACAAGGGCGAAUUUGUUCUGGCCCCGAAUGCGACUGAGAAAUCCAACACGUUGAUUCUGAGCAAGGCCGUCCACCUCAACAACCCGACUCCGAUCAACUACCCCAUCAAGAAGACUGGAUACUACUGCGUCAUCACCGAGGGCUUCAACAUUGAGAAGUACAAUGCCGUGGUCGAGUUCCGAAAUGCCUAUGGAGAGCUGCCGGCAACCCAAAUUCCAAAGCUGCCUUUCUACGGUGGAAUGUCCAUUCUAUACGCCCUGGUAACAGUCUUUUGGGCUUUUCUGUACUUUCAACACCGACAUGAUAUUCUUGCGGUGCAAAAUUACAUCACGGCCAUUCUCAUCUUUUUAGCGAUUGAAAUGCUCCUGACAUGGGGUUUCUACGAUUUCCAAAAUCACCACGGAACUGCCAACGUGGGCAGCAAAAUCUAUCUCAUUGUUGUUGCGAUUCUCAACGCGGCUCGAAACUCCUUUUCCUUCUUCCUGCUCCUCAUCGUCUGCAUGGGAUACGGUGUCGUCAAGCCCACCCUUGGCCGCACAAUGAUCUACGUCAGAUGGCUUGCCGCUGCGCACUUUGUGUUUGGCAUUGUCUACGCAGUCACAAGUUUACUGGUAUCACCAGAAAGUGCUGGGCCCUAUGUACUUCUUAUUGUCCUCCCGCUGGCCGGAACUUUGACUGGCUUUUAUGUUUGGACGCUCAACUCGCUCAACUUCACUCUCAAGGACCUGCGUGAACGCAAACAGCAUGUUAAGGAGGGCAUGUACAAGAAGCUGUGGUGGGCUAUCCUCAUCAGUGUCUUGGUCAUCUUUGCCUUUUUCUUCUUCAACAGCUUCACCUUUGCGUCUGUCGGCGAUCCUGAUUUUGUUCCUUUCCACUGGAAGACUAGAUGGUUCAUCCUGGACGGCUGGCUCAACAUUGUUUACUUUGCUGAUGUUGCUUGGGUCGCAUAUCUCUGGAGACCAACAGUCAACAACCGCCGCUUUGCCAUGAGUGACGAAAUUGCGCAAGACGAUGAUGGCAACUUUGAAAUAGGAGACAUUGGCAUGCCUGACGACUCAGAUGAUGAAGAGGCACAGAUUGGCAAACCUGUUGCCGGCUUCGGACAAGAGAGCGGUUUGACAGGUGCUGGACCAGCACAAGCCAGCACCAGCAGAGCCGUGCCUGGUGGUGCGCAGUCACAAGCAACCGCUCGUGGCGUUCCACGAGAGUCUCUUGAGGGAGAGACAAUAUUCGCUGUUGGCGAAGACGGUGACAAGGCAUCAGACAGCGAGGCUGAAAGCGACGACGAUGAGGACGCCAAGCUUGUACAUAAGAAACUGUGAGGAGGGGGGGGACGAGUCUUUUGGAACCGCUUGGUUGUAGAAUGGAACGGAAUAGGCUUUUCGGAGUUUAUGAAUUUGGGUUUUCGUAACAACGUUGUUUAUUUUGUGUAGAAUAGAAAAAUAUUGACAAAGC